ACGCCGCCCGCGGGCGCAUCCUCGCCGAAGCCCUACAGGAUGAGCUCGGCUUGGCGCCACGAUUGGGCUUCAUUUUAUUCGGGGGAUUCGACUCACGAGGUACGGCGGCUAACUGCGCCGCCAACAAGGCUGGUCUAGCCUGCAGUAGGCUGUCAAUCAAGCCUGUUUGUUUGUAUAUAAGAAGAGGCAAACCAUCACCAGCCUCGCGGUGGGCGCCUAGUUCUGGGUGUGCCUUCAACCCUCCGCGCGCGAUGGAGAAACUCCGCACCAGCUCGUCGGUCGACCGACCGGAGACGAGGAUUUUCGAGGAAUGCGAUGACUGGGUAGAACGGCGCAUUUCGCUGCUUGAGUUAGAUGCCGAGACCCCGCGCUACUCGACAAUAAUCUUCACCUCGACCACGACCCUUAACGAGCCCUCGCACCUGCCCCUCUUCCCCGACCGCUUCCAGCCCAUCAUCACCGAAGACCUGAACGGCUCCUUCGACUGCGAGGACAUCCCCAACGAAGCCGGCCAAUUGAUCCAGCACAGAUCAUGGUCCACCUACAAAAUCAAACGCGUCGUCGAACCCCACAAAUACCACUGGACGCAAGCCACCUGCUACGUGCACUGGGACCCGACCACCAGCCACCAGACCGUCUACUGCAUCGACCUGCCGCUGGCGGCCCGCACAUUCCUGAAAGCCUUCACCCCGCCCGCCCGCCGGCGCGCGCACGACCCGUACGCCUGGCACGCGGCGUUCGCGACGGCGUUGAUCCCGGAAUACGACCGGUCGAUAUGGGGGUUACGGGAUCUGGUGCGGGAGAUUGAGAAGGGCCGGCUCAACCCCACGGCCCUGACGCCGGAUUUCUUCCCGCAUCUGCACGACAUCGCGCGCCACAUCUUCCACGCCAACGAGACCCUCGAGGUAGCCCAGCAUACCGUGGAGAGUUUGGUGAGGGAGCAGAUUCGGUCGGCGGGAUUGUAUUCCCCAGCAGCAGCGGCGGCGGCAGCAGCAGCAGCAGCAGGAACAGUAGCAGCAGGGAUACCGAAUCCCACUCCCACUCCCACUCCCACUCCCACCUACAACGCCCCAUCGCAUUAUGAUCACAAUCACAGCUACAACCACAGCCACUGCGCCCCAGCACCAUCCACAAGCACGCACCUCUCCACCCUCCAGACCGAACGCGCUCUCCGCGCCCUCGCCAAACAGCUCCAUGCGCUGCACACGCGCAGCCGCUCGCUCACGGAGCGGUUGCACAAUGAGAUCAAUCUGGGAUUCAACCUCGUCUCUCAGCAGUUCGGCCACGACACCAAGUCCGAUUCGGCGAUGAUGAAGACCAUCGCCGUGGUGAGUAUGGUCUAUCUGCCGGGGACGUUUGUGUCGGGCCUCUUCGGGACCAACUUCUUCAACUUCACCGACGGCGACGAACACACCUGGUUCAUGGCAGGCUCGUUCUGGUUGUACUGGGCGGUGACGAUCCCCUUGACCCUCGCCACCAUGGCGGUCUGGGCUUGGUGGCAUUACUUCCUGCCUGCAAAGAGAAGAACCAGAAAGAUGCCGGUGAGACAGAGGGCGGAGACGGUGUGAAGGAUACGCAAUGCCCGGGAGGGGUUACUGACGGGAGCUAUGAAGUGAUGACUUGGAUGAUUGGGGUUGGAGAUCAUAGACAGUGCAUUGGGUUACUCUGUAGGAUCGAUCCGGGCGGACAUGAUGUAUAAUGAGUUAUGAUUAUAAGGUGUUAAUGAUAGUCUAAUAGCUAAUUUAAAAUGGCAGUGAUUCAGAGACACAUGAGACAACUGCUG